AUGGCCCUCGUAACACUACAGCGCUCCCCCACGCCCAGUGCAGCAUCCUCGGCUAGUGCCACCACCACGAAUACGGGGGAGGUAAGUGGGAAAAGACACAAAGAGUAUGGCAGUGAUGAGGACCGGAAAAAUAAUCAGAGCCUCAGCGAGAACUUCUUCAUGGUCAAAGGAGCUGCCCUCUUCUUACAGCAAGGCAAUAGUACACAGGGACCCAAGACCCCGACCCACCAUAAACAUGCUGGUGACUUACCUCAACAUCUUCAAGUUAUGAUCAAGAUCCUGCGGUCUGAAGAUCGCAUUAAGCUGGCUGUACGGUUAGAGAGUGGGUGGUCAGACCGAGUACGCUACAUGGUUGUAGUCUACACCAAUGGUCGACAGGACACAGAGGAAAAUAUCCUUCUGGGAAUGGACUUUACAGAUAAGGAUAGUAAAAGUUGUUCUAUUGGGAUGGUGCUACCAUUGUGGAGUGAUACCAACAUACAUUUAGAUGGAGAUGGGGGAUUCAGUGUAAACACAGCAGGACGGUCGCAUGUCUUCAAGCCUGUGUCUGUGCAGGCCAUGUGGUCUGCCCUGCAGAUCCUCCAUAAGGCAUGUGAGGUAUCACGCAGGUACAACUACUUCCCAGGGGGUAUGGCUCUCACCUGGGUGGGCUUUUAUGAAAGCUCCAUCACCUCAGAGCAAAGCUGCAUCAACGAGUGGAAUGUUAUGACUGAUGUAGAGACCACCCGGCCUGACUCACCCACUAUGUUUGUGGACCAGCCAACUAAGAGAGAGAGGACCGAGUGUCUCAUUAAAGCCAAACUACGCAGCCUCAUGAUGUUCCAAGACCUGGAGAAUGUCACUUCUAAAGAGAUCCGUAAUGAGCUGGAGCAACAUAUGAACUGUAACCUCAAAGAGUACAAGGAGUUCAUCGAUAAUGAGAUGCUACUGAUCCUGGGUCAGAUGGACAAGGCCACACUUAUAUUUGACCACUUGUACUUGGGCUCAGAAUGGAACGCUUCCAACCUUGAAGAAUUACAGGACUGUGGAGUGGGUUACAUUCUGAAUGUAACCAGGGAGAUUGACAACUUCUUCCCAGGGACAUUCUCUUAUCAUAAUAUCCGUGUUUAUGAUGAGGAGGGAACCGAUCUUCUGGCCCACUGGAAUGACAGCUACAACUUUAUUGUCAGAGCAAAGAAAAGUAAUUCCAAAUGCCUGGUCCACUGUAAGAUGGGGGUCAGCCGGUCUGCCUCCACAGUAAUUGCCUAUGCCAUGAAGGAGUAUGGUUGGUCUUUGGAGAAAGCCUACAAUCUUGUCAAGCAAAAACGAAGUAUAGCUCAGCCCAAUGCAGGUUUCAUGAGACAGCUGGCAGAGUACGAGGGCAUUCUGGAUGCAAGUAAGCAGCGCCACAACAAGAUUUGGAGGCCUGGAGCAGAUGAUGAUGCCUCAGAUGAGUUGCAAGCCUCUGGGCUGCAUGCUGACUUGGAGGUUCCUGGGGAGGAGACUCCAGAGCUCAGAGCCUCUUCCCAAGAGGAGGAAGAAGCGUGGGGGGGCUGCGGGACUUCUCCUUGCCGGGGCAUGGGUCUGGAGGUGGAACCUCUUGACCCUCUUAACUACAAUUACUACUUCAGACGGUUGUCAGACUCUGCACUGGACAGUGAGCCUUCCACCCCAGUACGUGGGCCCCCACUGCUAGGUAUGGAAAGGGUUUUCAUCGAGAUUGAGGAUGUAGAGAGAGAUGCCCUAUUAGAGGAUGAGGGAUUCCCCAUGGCCCAUCUGGUUUUGCCUGGAGAGGGCACGGCUGCCCAGACCUGUGGGCGCCUUGAUCCCAUGGAAGACAUGAGACAGAGACUAGAGUUCAGUACUUUGGAGGAGGAGGAUGAGGAGGAAGCCAAGAAAGAAGAAGCGGAGAUGGCAGCCCUAGCUCAGUGUCCUGGAAAUUCAGACAGCAAGAAGGUGGGAGAAGUAGAGAGAAAGGAGGAAAGUGGGUUGGGUUUUGCCAAUCUGAACACUAACAACAGCAACCGCCUUGCUGCUAAACGCAGUUGCCCUGCAGCUUUCGACGACAGUGCUAGCACGGAAAACCCUUUCAAAGUGAAGCCCUCCUACCAGUCCUGUAAAGACUGCCUGCGUCUGCCCCAAGGGCGACGCUGUGACCGCCCAGCAGGAGGUCGCACCCACCGCCUUAACCCUAACCGUCACUGCACUGCAGCUCCUUCCAUAUCUAUUGAUCCGCCUGGGACCCAUUUUGCUUCUGCUUCAACUCUCUCAUCUGUGGUGGUUCCAGUCCCAGCCCUUACUUCUGUAUCAGCCAGCCUGAUCCAGCCCUGUGGUCAUCUCUGCCGCUGUGCUGUGUGUGUCCCUGACACUCUUACUUCUCCAGUUGCAUGCCUGGAGUCGUAUCGCCACAAGCUGCUGUCACCCAUGAACUGUGAGGAUCUGCUUAGUGACCACAGUUAUCUUGAAACAGAGGACAUGGAUGAGCCACAGACUAAUGAGGAUGGAGAGGAAGAACAGGUACAAGGGGACAGCAGUGGCACCAACACAGGUACCAUUACAGAACUACUAAAACUCAACUCGGUGGGAGAGAGACCUGCAAUAGCCUCCACUAAAGAAUUAAAAUUGCAACCUCAUUCUGAGUUGGAGUCCUACGAUGACAAAAAAGAGCACCAUCAGCAAGCCCUGGCCCAGCUACAGAUGCCAGCAAUGGGGAUUGAACUUGGCUUGGAACUGGUAAGGCAGAGGGCAGAACAGUUUGACAGGCUGUCAGGCUUUACCAUGGAGGGCCAGCUCCCAGUAGGACCCCUGCCUUAAAAGUUGAGCCUGAGCAUGGAUUGGAUGGGGGUAGGGAUGGAGGCAGAGGCUGAAAAAACACUGAAACACCCACUGCCUCUGCUAGAUACAUUUUUACUACUGUGAACCUGCUAACUGCCAUUGUGGUACCCUCACAGCUAUGCUUAUACCUGUACCCUUAUA